AUGCACGCCCAAACCGUUUUCUUGCUCUUCGCCGGUCUGCUGGCCCUUGCCCUGGCCGCCCCGCGUCCCGCUGGCGACGAAAAGGACGCCCAAGUUCUGCGGUACGACAACGACCACAACGGCAUCGAUGGGUACAACUUCCAGGUUGAAACCAGCAACGGCAUCCAGCGUCAGGAGCAGGCGCAGCUGAAGCAGUUCGACGACGAGAACUCGGCCCUGGUCGUACGCGGCUCGUACUCGUUCACCGCCGACGAUGGUCAGGUGUAUACGGUGAAUUAUGUUGCUGAUGAGAACGGAUUCCAGCCGGAGGCUCCUCAUCUCCCGAAGUAA